CAGUGAAGACGGAAUAUGGCGACGUGUUCAAACACAGGUUCAACGAUAAGUUGGGAUAAAUUGUUCAUUCGAGCACUUCAUAUCUCUCUAACAACUUUCGUUAUAACUGUUCUUAUUCUUAAAGACACUGAACUUCGAAAGUCUUUGAUGCUUCUUCAAUGGUAUUACCUGCUGCCGUAUUUUUUCAUCCUAACCUGUUCAACUUUGUUUUAUUUUAUUGCUGGUUCUGUUGAUCCCGGUUUCGUUGCCUGUGAAACUGAUCAUGCUAUCAUGGUUGCAUAUGAGAAGACGAAAGAAGACUCACAUGAAGAAGGUGAACCAUUGAUUUCUGAAAGUUGUGAAGUGCUUGCAGCCCCACCAUUUCAUAGCAUGCCAAAACUGCGCCGCUGUGGAUACUGCAAUAUUAUCCAGCCAUUACGGGCAAAACAUUGUGAAGAUUGUAAUCAUUGUGUACAUCGAUAUGACCAUCAUUGCCCAUGGUUAGGAAACUGUGUUGGUGAAAGAAAUCACAGAUUCUUUUGGGCAUUCUUAUUGUUCGAAACCAUCCUAAUUGCUUGGUCUAUUGAAAUUGGAUGGUAUGGAUUUCAGAGUAAAAAGGUGUGGUCAGACUGGGCAUAUACCAAUGGCAUACUCCUUCUUGUUAUGUUGAUAUUAAUCAUCUCAAUCAUCGUAGUCAGCUUGUUGUUUGGUUGUCAUUCAUACUUGAUUGUGAUUGGUCGAACAACUUGGGAGCACAUGGCUCAUUCAAGAAUCUCGUAUCUUAAGAUAUUUAAGGAAGGGGUCAAUCCUUUCCAUGAGGGAUAUUUCAAAAAUGUUUGCAAGUUCCUAUGUCAUUGUCGAGUACGCAAAUGGGAGAAUGUUUUUCAAAGAAGUAGUAUUAAUUUAGGAGUUUGAACUAUUGUUUUCAAACAGUUUAUUGUAAACAAUGCAAUAUGUAAAAUUACAUCUUAUUAAAUGCAGACCUUUGAUUAACAAGAAGUGUUAAUACAAAAUUCUUUGGCAGCAACAUCAGUAUUUCUAAGAGAUCAUAAUUUGUGAUACAUUUUAAUAGAACCUUUAUUUUUGAAAAAUAAUGCGUAAGGAAAACUGAAACUUAAAGUGUAGCCUGUCGGUAUUUUAUAGUCUGUUAUGUUGUGUGUGGACUGUAUGUAUCACUAAAGAUGCCAACAAAAUCCACAGCCCCUGGUUAUAUUG